UCCACGACAAAAUUGCAGUAAACCCUAGAAACGAAUUCAAAAAUCUUAUCGAAUCCAAUCGGUUUCAAAAUGUUGUAUGAUACAAUGCUUCAAGAAAGUUAGGUUUUUUUCUUUCUUUCUUUUCUCAGUUAAAAGCCGUUAAUUUUCCCGUUUUUGGGUUGGGGAUUUGCUGAAAAAUCCCCAAAUGGGUGUUUGUACCUCUAAACCUUCGACAGGAUCCAAAUUUUCCGGCCAUUACGACAUCGAAAUUCCGGUGAAAGAUGAUGAUAACGACGAUAAACAACCAGAAGAAACGACGUCGUCGUCUUCGAACAAGAAGACCGCCAAAGACGAAAUUGAAGUCGGUAAGAAAUCCCCGUUUUUUCCGUUUUACAGUCCCAGUCCAGCUCACAAUUGGUUCUCAAAAAAGUCUCCGGCGAAAUCUCCGGCGCCUAAUGCGAGUUCAAAUUCGACACCGAGGAGAUUCUUUCGGCGCCCGUUUCCUCCUCCUUCUCCAGCGAAACACAUUAAAUCGGUGUUGGCGAGACGGCAUGGCUCAGUGAAGCCGAACGAGCCCGCUAUACCGGAGGGAAACGAGCCGGAAGGGGUUUCGGGAUUGGAUAAAAGCUUUGGGUUUUCUAAGCAUUUUGGGAGCAAAUAUGAGCUUGGUGAAGAAGUUGGAAGAGGCCAUUUUGGUUACACUUGCAAAGCUAAGUUCAAGAAAGGAGAGCUUAAAGGUCAAGAAGUUGCAGUCAAAGUUAUCCCCAAAUCGAAGAUGACAACAGCCAUAGCCAUUGAAGAUGUGAGAAGGGAGGUGAAGAUAUUGAAAGCUUUAACAGGGCAUAACAACUUGGUGCAUUUUUACGAUGCAUAUGAAGAUCAUGAACAAGUUUACGUUGUGAUGGAGUUAUGUGAAGGAGGGGAACUCUUGGAUAGAAUACUUUCAAGAGGCGGGAAAUACACCGAAGAUGAUGCCAAGGCCGUAUUGGUACAAAUAUUGAACGUUGUUGCGUUUUGUCAUCUUCAAGGUGUGGUUCAUCGGGACUUGAAACCGGAGAAUUUCUUGUUCACGUCCAAGGAUGAAAGCUCACCGCUUAAGGCCAUAGAUUUUGGUUUGUCGGACUUUGUGAAGCCCGAUGAAAGGCUUAACGAUAUUGUCGGAAGUGCAUACUAUGUGGCCCCCGAAGUUCUACAUAGAUCGUAUAGUACCGAGGCCGAUGUUUGGAGUAUUGGUGUUAUAGCAUAUAUUCUUYUGUGYGGMAGCCGGCCUUUYUGGGCWCGAWCWGARUCCGGGAUCUUUCGAGCYGUUUUAAAAGCKSAUCCRAGUUUYGAUGAAGUACCGUGGCCUACMYUAUCMUCCGAGGCCAAAGAUUUUGUCAAACGUUUAUUGAACAAGGACCCUAGGAAAAGAAUGACGGCCGCUCAAGGCCUUAGUCAUCCGUGGAUUAGAAGUAGUAAUGAAGUGAAAGUGCCGCUUGACAUCUCGAUAUUGAGACUAAUGAAGGGUUAUAUGCGUUCUUCUGCUCUUCGUAAAGCUGCUUUACGGGCUUUAUCGAAGACGUUGACGGUAGAUGAGUUGUUCUAUCUAAAGGAACAAUUUUCUUUGUUAGAACCGAGCAAAAACGGAUCCAUAAGCAUGGAAAAUAUCAAAGCGGCCUUGACGAAACAUGCUACGGAUGCCAUGAAGGAGUCACGUAUCCAUGAUUUCUUAGCAUCGCUUAGCGCGCUACAAUACCGAAGGAUGGAUUUUGAGGAAUUUUGUGCAGCUGCUAUAAACAUCUAUCAGCUCGAGGCUCUUGAUCGAUGGGAACAACAUGCUCGUUGCGCCUACGAACUCUUUGAAAAAGAUGGCAACCGAGCCAUCAUGAUAGAAGAACUCGCUUCCGAACUCGGGUUAAGCCCAUCGGUCCCGGUUCAUGCCGUCCUCCACGACUGGAUAAGGCACACGGACGGAAAGCUGAGUUUCCUCGGAUUUGUGAAGUUGUUGCACGGCGUCUCGAGUCGGACCCUUGCUAAUAAACCUCAAUAACUCCAGGGUAAAGAUGGGUUUGGGUUGAAUUUGUGGUUCGAUUUGCAGUUGAAGGUGAGAAAUACAAAUUGAUUUCCAACUUCAAAAAAACAAAGAACAUGUAUGCAUUCAAUUGCAAUUGUAUUUGUAUCAUCAGAUGCUUCAUGCUCUAAUCAACUAAUUCCCACUUGUCAA